AUGCCACAGCAGGGCUCUAGACCAGUCGAGAUUCGCCCAAUCCCCAUUGCCAACGCAACCCAAUCUCAUCUGAUCAUCACCCCUCUGCCUUGCCCCCUGUCGCACAUCCCGCAUUCUUUCCUAUCCCUUGGGGAUCGACCGGGCUUGGAAACAAACGCCACCUGGUAUCCGCGCUGUGGCUGCCUCUUUCUCUCGUUCGUGUCUUUCAGUGACCGCCUCCCCCUUCCCAAGUCCACGUCUCCCGGUGGCACAGGGCCUGUAUGUAGUAGUAAAUCCAAAGUGCAAGUGGAGGAAGUACCUACGGAUUACAGUGCUAUCCAGGAGAUUCGAGAGGCUGCAAUUGCCAGUCCAUCGGCAUCCACCUACCCUGGGCCGCCCACCCCAGCGCCCAAUCCCAAUCUCAAUCCCCUCCUGUCGCCGUCCAAUCCUUUCUUGAUUCUUCCAGGCUUACCUACUCAUCAUCCUCCCCCCGACUUCGCUCGUGGCUCUUCCAAGGAGGCUGCCCAUCUGUGGAUUCCCCCCGUUUUCUUUUUUUCCCCUCCCGCUGCUGCGCUGCCGUGUCGUUCGUUACUCGAUACCCCCUGGCUCUCCAUUGAACAAGGAAACCGUUGGAGGAGAUAUUUCGGGACCCAAAGCCACACCCACCCGCCGUUGCAGCAAGCAGCAGCCAGCCAGUCACUUUGUUGGACACAACCACCACCCGCACCGAGUCUUGCUCUCUCUGCUUGCUGUGUUACCGCUGCCAACCUUGUGCACAUCCCUGAUCAUCCGCAUUGCUUGUGGCUUUUCAACUCAUUCUCCUGCCGCUCGCCCUCCUCCCCCCUACCCCGUACGCAAUUCAUUGGGUGCGACAGUCUUUGGGCUCGCGAGCCGCCCACCGAGAACGUUGAACCACAUCGAGCCUCGAAUUCGGGAAACUUGUCGAGAGACGAGAUUGGCCUGCGAGUUUAUGAGUCUUGGAAACAGGGCCACGGCCGCGCGCACUUGUCGUCGUUGACCGUCCUACACGCAUACUGUGGGAUCACCUUCGACGAGUCCACAUUCCAGUCCCUACUGUGA